AUGAAGACUGGUUCACUGACUCAAAGAGGUGCGCUCUUAUUGCUGCUCCUCCUAGCACCAGCAGUGACACCAACAUGGUAUGCAGGCUCAGGUUAUUCUCCAGAUGAAAGCUACAAUGAAGUAUAUGCAGAAGAGGUCCCCGACACCCGUGCCCUGGACUACAGAGUCCCCCGAUGGUGUUACACAUUGAAUAUCCAGGAUGGAGAAGCCACAUGCUACUCACCAAGGGGAGGCAAUUAUCACAGUAGCCUAGGCACACGUUGUGAGCUCUCCUGUGACCGGGGAUUUCGACUGAUUGGACGGAAGUCAGUACAAUGUUUGCCAAGCCGGCGUUGGUCUGGAACUGCCUACUGCAGGCAGAUGAGGUGCCACGCACUGCCAUUCAUCACUAGUGGCACCUACACCUGCACCAAUGGAAUGCUGCUUGAUUCCCGCUGUGACUACAGCUGUUCUAGUGGUUACCACCUGGAAGGCGAUCGCAGCCGCAUCUGCAUGGAAGAUGGGCGAUGGAGUGGAGGCGAGCCUGUAUGUGUAGACAUAGAUCCACCCAAGAUCCGUUGUCCUCACUCUCGGGAGAAAAUGGCAGAGCCAGAGAAACUAACUGCUCGAGUAUACUGGGACCCACCCUUAGUGAAAGAUUCCGCUGAUGGUACCAUCACCAGGGUAACACUUCGGGGUCCAGAGCCUGGUUCUCACUUCCCUGAAGGAGAGCAUGUGAUUCGUUAUACUGCAUAUGACCGAGCCUAUAACCGGGCCAGCUGCAAGUUCAUUGUAAAAGUACAAGGUCAGAAGGGUGAGCGCUGUCCUAUUCUGAAACCACCACAGCAUGGCUACCUCACCUGCAGCUCAGCGGGGGACAACUAUGGUGCGAUCUGUGAAUACCACUGCGAUGGUGGUUAUGAACGCCAAGGGACCCCUUCCCGAGUCUGUCAGUCAAGUCGACAGUGGUCUGGAUCACCACCUGUCUGUACUCCUAUGAAGAUUAAUGUCAAUGUUAACUCAGCUGCUGGCCUCCUGGAUCAGUUCUAUGAGAAACAGCGACUCCUCAUAGUCUCAGCUCCUGAUCCCUCCAAUCGAUACUACAAAAUGCAAAUCUCUAUGCUGCAGCAAUCCACCUGUGGACUGGACCUGCGGCAUGUGACCAUUAUUGAGCUGGUGGGACAGCCACCUCAGGAGGUGGGGCGCAUCCGGGAGCAACAGCUAUCAGCAGGCAUCAUUGAGGAGCUCAGGCAAUUCCAGCGCCUCACUCGUUCCUACUUCAACAUGGUGUUAAUUGACAAGCAGGGUAUCGACCGGGAGCGCUACAUGGAACCUGUCACCCCUGAGGAAAUCUUCACAUUCAUCGAUGACUACCUACUGAGCAACCAGGAGCUGGCAAGAAGAGCGGAGCAGAGGGAUGUUUGCGAGUGAUCUUGAGCCAGGGUGUGGCUCUCCUAGGAAGCUUAAACUGAGGAGGAAAUGUUUUCCCACACCGUUGGGAGCAGCCCUCGGGUGGGGGCGAGGUUUGCCAAUUCUAGGACAUUUCCAGGCAUUAUUUUAGGGCAGAUUAUUCAUUUCCUUAAGCAAGUGUCCACUUCGGGUAGCGCUGGAGGAGCUUCGAAAGUAGGUCGGGACUGAGGAUAUGUCUUGGGCAGUGAGUUGUAGACAGAAGGUCUUCUUCCCCUGACUGGAGCUUUCCAAAGUCUUUCAAAUAAGUAAAUCCUAAAUUC